AUGUUGCACAGACUCCAAUUGAUGACUGCCUUGCUCUCUGCCACCCGUUACUUUGAGAAGAUGUUGCACAGACUCCAAUUGACGACUGCCUUGCUCUCUGCCAUCCGAUACUUUGAGAAGAUGUUGCACAGACUCCAAUUGAUGACUGCCUUGCUCUCUGCCACCCGUUACUUUGAGAAGAUGUUGCACAGACUCCAAUUGACGACUGCCUUGCUCUAUGCCACCCGUUACUUUGAGAAGAUGUCGCACAGACUCCAAAUGAUGACUGACUUGUUCUCUGCCACCAGAUACUUUGAGAAGAUGUCACACAGACUCCAAAUGAUGACUGCAUUGCUCUCAGCCACCCGAUACUUUGAGAAUAUGUUGCGGAGACUCCAAAUGAUGACUGUAAACUCAUGGCUUUAA